AUGAAUAACCUCCAGGUCCGCGCUCUUCCUCGAAUCUCUCCUGCGUACCUCCUCCGCCAGUCUCCCCGCACACAGAUCGCUCGGCACUAUGCUACCCAGAGCGACCUAGGUCGCGGGCCUCGACCUACAGGAACAUCAAGAAAGAAGAGCAUUACAGUUUUGUCAGACGAUGGACGGGUGCAGUGGGGUGAUCUGAGCGGAGGAGAGAAAGUUGCGCGCGCAACACAACAGUCCUUCAACUUCGUCAUUGUGCUGGCCGGAGCAGUCCUGACGGGUGGAGUGUUCACACUUCUCUAUCUCGAACUAUUUUCACCAAACAGCAAGACAUGGCAGUUUGAGAAAGCAGUUGAACGCAUCAAGGAUGACCCCGAGUGUAUAAAGCUGCUUGGUGAUCGCAGAGAGAUCAAAGCAUACGGCGAAAACACCUGGAGUCGGUGGGCGCGCAACAGGCCUAUUGCGACAACCGUCGAAAAAGAUCGAUUAGGCCGUGAGCAUCUGCGGAUGAACUUCCACGUCGAGGGCCCUCUUAACUCCGGUGUGGUUAUCGUGCACAUGAUGAAGCCUUUGGACAAGAGCAAUCUCGAGUACCAGCUUCUCGCGCUCGAUGUGAAGGGACACUCUCGUGUUGUCCUUGAAAAGGCCUCAGAGAAACCCAGUGUGGCUAGCACCCUGAAGCUCUUUGGUAUGCAGUGGCGCUGA